AUGUCUCCAGCUCCAUUAGAUGCUAGCAAGUUAACAAUCACCAAGACCACAACUCCUAAGGAGUUAUUACCAAAGGAAAAAUUGGUCUUUGGUAAAUCCUUCACUGAUCACAUCUUAGAAGUCGAAUGGACCAAAGAAAAAGGAUGGGGUGUUCCAACCAUCACUCCAUACCACAACUUAUCCCUUAACCCAGCUACUUCUUGUUUACAUUACUCCUUUGAAUUAUUUGAAGGUAUGAAAGCCUAUCGUGAUUCUGAAGGAAAGAUCCGUACUUUCAGAGGUGAUAAGAAUAUGGAAAGAAUGAACAGAUCUGCCAAAAGAGCAGCUUUGCCAACUUUCGAUGGUGAAGAGUUCAUGAAAUUAAUUGACAAAUUUUUGACUGUUGAAGAAAGAUUCGUCCCAACCGGUUACGGAUACUCUCUUUACUUGAGACCAACUUUAAUUGGUACCAAUGUCGGUUUAGGUGUUUCUGCUCCUGAUCAUGCAUUAUUAUACUUGAUCGCCUCUCCAGUUGGUCCAUAUUUCAGUGCUGGUUUCAAGCCAGUCUCAUUGGAAGCUACUGACUACGCUGUUAGAGCCUGGCCAAAGGGUGUUGGUGCUUACAAGUUAGGUGCCAACUAUGUCUCAUGUAUCGAACCACAAAUGCAAGCCGCUACCAGAGGCCAUUCCCAAAACUUGUGGCUUUUUGGUGAAGAAGGUUACAUCACCGAAGUGGGUGCCAUGAACGUCUUCUUUGCCUUUGUCAAUGAAGACGGUACUAAGGAAUUGGUCACUCCUCCAUUAGACGGUAUGAUCUUGCCUGGUGUCACUAGAGAUUCUACUUUGGAAUUAGCCAGAGCUAAAUUAGAUCCAAAGGAAUGGUCUGUCAAUGAACGUAAAUUAACCAUUCACGAAGUUAAGGAACGUGCUGACAAGGGCGAAUUAUUGGAAGCUUUUGGUACUGGUACUGCUGCCAUUGUUUCUCCAAUUGACAACAUUGAAUUCAACGGUAAAAAUAUCAAGGCCGAUUGUAACCGAGAAACUUUUGUGGUUAAGUAG